AUGAAGAUUUUCUUUGAAAAUAGGGAGGGAGUUAAAGGGUUAGUCGAUUCCGGGAUCACCAUUCUGAGCUUCUUCAUUCGGUCACCGGAGACUUUUCCAGAAAAUGCCUCCACGGAUGCCCCCUUAACUACGCGGCUUCAAGUUCCGGUAAUAGACCUAGAAGGCUUCGAGAGUGAGCGGCGAAGAGAAAUCGUGGAUGCAAUACGUGACGCAGCUCAAACAUUGGGCUUCUUCCGAAUGGUGAAUCAUGGAGUUCCAAUUUCCACAAUGGAAGAUAUGUUGGACGCCGUUCGUCAGUCCCAUGAACAACCUCAAGAGCUGAAGAAAGCAUGGUAUUCGCGUAACGAAACCGGACAAAGGAUCUUCGACUAUAAUACAAACAUAAAGGUGGACGCAUGGAGAGAUACUCUAGCAAUUGAAUUCCCAUAUGGAGAAUUAAACGAACAAGCAAUACCCCAAGUUUGCAGGUUGAAGAUGAUUAAACGAUCUUUGGAAUCGAAAUUUACUUGA